UCUGGGCAGCGGCCGGGCUCAGCUUCAGGGCUCAGAGUGAGAGAGAGGAAGAGAGGGCGAGAGAGGGAGGGUGGCAAAGCGAGCGAGUCGGUGCCGCCGCCUGACUGAGGAGAGAGGAGGGGUCCCGCUGGCGUGCGCCCUUCGCGGGCCGAGAGCGCGAGGCACCCGCGAACCUCCGAGGCCUCCCGGCCCCUGGGGACCCCGCCCCGCCGCCGCCGCCGCCGCCGCCGGCCGCCCGGCCCGCGGCCUCUCUUCCCUUUGUGAGCGCCCCCUUCCCAGGGGUGGUGGUGGUGGCGGAGGGCUGCGCGUGGGCCCGCCCGCCGAGGGGCCGCGGCGGGGGACCGAGAGGGCCUCGGCUGUGUGAGGCCGGGAGGCGGCCGAGGCCCGGGCCGGUUCCCCCGAGGCGGCGGCAGCGGCGGCGGCGGCGGCGGCGGCGGCGACUCCCGGCACUUCCCCGCGCCAUCUUAGCUAAGCCCCAGCUGUGUGGGCACCUCCUCGACCCCGAUCGUCCCCUCGCCCCCCCCCCCCCCCCGCCCCUUGUCGCAGAGCUUGGGCUGGGCGGCUCGCUGGGGCCCGGGGUGGGGGGGGCGGCGGUCUGUCGCCAGGCCCCCUCCUCCUCCUCCUCCUCUUCACUCGCCCUCCGGCGUAGCGGCUGCCCGAGCACUGCGGGGGGCUGCGCCUGUCCACUCCGCCCUCGACCUGCCGGCGAAAGGUUUAUGCCAGCGUGGCUUCAUUCAUGCAGAUGAACCAAGGAUUGGGAUAGCAGUAUAAAAUUAGAAUCAGACAGCUGACUGCCAAGCAGGAUGCCAUCAACUAACAGAGCAGGCAGCCUGAAGGAUCCUGAAAUUGCAGAGCUUUUCUUCAAAGAAGAUCCAGAGAAGCUCUUCACAGAUCUCAGAGAAAUUGGCCAUGGAAGCUUUGGAGCCGUAUAUUUUGCACGAGAUGUGCGUACCAAUGAAGUGGUGGCUAUCAAGAAAAUGUCUUAUAGUGGAAAGCAGUCUACUGAGAAAUGGCAGGACAUUAUUAAGGAAGUUAAAUUUUUACAAAGAAUAAAACAUCCCAACAGUAUAGAAUAUAAAGGCUGCUAUUUACGUGAGCACACAGCAUGGCUUGUAAUGGAAUAUUGUUUAGGAUCUGCUUCAGAUUUACUCGAAGUUCACAAAAAGCCAUUGCAAGAAGUGGAAAUAGCAGCAAUUACACAUGGUGCUCUCCAGGGAUUAGCUUACUUACAUUCUCAUACCAUGAUCCAUAGAGAUAUCAAAGCAGGAAACAUUCUUCUAACAGAACCGGGCCAGGUGAAACUUGCUGACUUUGGGUCUGCUUCCAUGGCAUCUCCUGCCAAUUCUUUUGUGGGAACACCAUAUUGGAUGGCCCCAGAAGUAAUUUUAGCCAUGGAUGAAGGACAAUAUGAUGGCAAAGUAGAUGUAUGGUCUCUUGGAAUUACAUGUAUUGAACUAGCUGAAAGGAAACCUCCUUUAUUUAAUAUGAAUGCAAUGAGUGCCUUAUAUCAUAUAGCCCAAAAUGAAUCCCCUACACUACAAUCUAAUGAAUGGUCUGAUUAUUUUCGCAACUUUGUAGAUUCUUGUCUCCAGAAAAUCCCUCAAGAUCGCCCUACAUCAGAGGAACUUUUAAAGCACAUGUUUGUUCUUCGGGAGCGCCCUGAAACAGUGUUAAUAGAUCUCAUUCAAAGGACAAAGGAUGCAGUAAGAGAGUUGGACAAUCUACAGUAUCGAAAGAUGAAAAAACUUCUUUUCCAGGAGGCACACAAUGGGCCAGCAGUAGAAGCACAGGAAGAAGAGGAGGAGCAAGAUCAUGGUGUUGGAAGAACAGGAACAGUGAAUAGUGUUGGAAGUAAUCAGUCUAUUCCCAGUAUGUCCAUCAGUGCCAGUAGCCAAAGCAGUAGUGUUAACAGUCUUCCAGAUGCCUCAGAUGACAAGAGUGAACUAGACAUGAUGGAGGGAGACCACACAGUAAUGUCUAAUAGUUCUGUCAUCCAUUUAAAACCUGAGGAAGAAAAUUACAGAGAAGAAGGAGAUCCCAGAACGAGAACAUCAGAUCCACAGUCUCCACCUCAAGUAUCUCGUCACAAAUCACACUAUCGUAAUAGAGAACACUUUGCUACUAUACGAACAGCAUCACUGGUUACAAGGCAAAUGCAAGAACAUGAACAGGACUCUGAACUUAGGGAACAGAUGUCUGGAUAUAAGAGAAUGAGGCGGCAACAUCAAAAGCAACUGAUGACUCUGGAAAAUAAGCUGAAAGCUGAGAUGGAUGAACAUCGCCUUAGAUUAGACAAAGAUCUUGAAACUCAGCGUAACAAUUUUGCUGCAGAAAUGGAGAAGCUUAUCAAGAAACAUCAGGCUGCUAUGGAAAAAGAGGCUAAAGUGAUGGCCAAUGAGGAGAAGAAGUUUCAGCAGCAUAUUCAAGCCCAGCAGAAGAAAGAACUGAAUAGUUUUUUAGAGUCCCAGAAAAGAGAAUAUAAACUUCGAAAAGAACAGCUUAAAGAGGAGCUGAAUGAAAACCAGAGCACCCCCAAAAAAGAAAAGCAGGAGUGGCUUUCAAAGCAGAAGGAGAAUAUACAGCAUUUUCAAGCAGAAGAAGAGGCUAACCUUCUUCGACGUCAGAGACAAUAUCUAGAGCUAGAAUGUCGUCGUUUUAAAAGAAGAAUGUUACUUGGGCGCCAUAACUUGGAACAGGACCUUGUCAGAGAGGAGUUAAAUAAAAGGCAGACUCAAAAGGACUUAGAGCAUGCCAUGUUACUGCGACAACAUGAAUCCAUGCAAGAAUUGGAGUUUCGCCACCUCAAUACAAUUCAGAAGAUGCGCUGUGAGUUGAUCAGAUUACAGCAUCAAACUGAGCUCACUAAUCAGCUGGAAUAUAAUAAACGAAGAGAACGUGAACUAAGGCGAAAACAUGUCAUGGAGGUUCGACAGCAGCCUAAGAGUUUAAAGUCUAAAGAACUCCAGAUAAAAAAGCAGUUUCAGGAUACCUGCAAAAUUCAAACCAGACAGUACAAAGCAUUAAGAAAUCACCUUCUGGAAACUACACCAAAGAGUGAGCACAAAGCUGUUCUGAAACGACUCAAAGAGGAGCAGACUCGGAAGUUAGCCAUCUUGGCUGAACAGUAUGAUCAUAGCAUUAAUGAAAUGCUCUCCACACAAGCUUUGCGACUAGAUGAAGCACAGGAAGCAGAGUGCCAGGUUUUGAAGAUGCAGCUGCAGCAGGAACUGGAGCUGUUGAAUGCAUAUCAGAGCAAAAUCAAAAUGCAGGCUGAAGCUCAACAUGAUCGAGAGCUUCGGGAGCUUGAACAGAGAGUCUCCCUCCGCAGAGCACUCUUAGAACAAAAGAUUGAAGAAGAAAUGUUGGCUUUGCAGAAUGAACGCACAGAACGAAUACGAAGCCUGUUGGAGCGUCAAGCCAGAGAAAUUGAAGCUUUUGACUCUGAAAGCAUGAGAUUAGGUUUUAGUAACAUGGUUCUUUCUAAUCUCUCCCCUGAGGCAUUCAGUCACAGCUACCCGGGAGCUUCUGGUUGGUCUCACAAUCCUACAGGAGGUCCAGCACCUCACUGGGGUCAUCCCAUGGGUGGCCCACCACAAGCCUGGGGCCAUCCAAUGCAAGGUGGACCCCAGCCAUGGGGUCACCCCUCAGGGCCAAUGCAAGGGGUACCCCGAGGUAGCAGUAUGGGAGUCCGCAAUAGCCCUCAGGCUUUGAGGCGGACAGCUUCUGGGGGACGGACGGAGCAGGGCAUGAGCAGAAGCACGAGUGUCACUUCACAAAUAUCCAAUGGGUCACAUAUGUCUUAUACAUAAUUGAGAGUGGCAAUUCCGCUGGAGCUGUCUGCCAAAAGAAACUGCCUACAGACAUCGUCACAGCAGCCUCCUCACUUGGGUACUACAGUGUGGAAGCUAAGUGCAUAUGGUAUAUUUUAUUCAUUUUGUAAAGCAUUCUGUUUUGUGUUUACUUACUAAUUGGGAUGUCAGAGUAUUUGGCUGCCGGGUUUUGUUUUGUUUUUAACUUUUGGUGAAAUUUUGAAAAGGAGAAUUGAUAUAUAUGUGUGUGUUUGUGCGUGUAUAUAGAGAUACACACAUACAUAUGUCAUGCAUGUGGUAAAAAAGAAACUGGCUAAAUAAGGGGGUAUUUUCUGAAUACUGCAAAAAUACAGAUAAAACAAAGUGGCUUAACUCAUCACUUUUGGGCAACUAUAUCCUCAGAAGUUUGUGAAAAGACCUAAAGCUUUUCUCCAUAUCCAAUAUUCUGCCACUCAUAGCAGGCAGCAUAUACUGAAACAAGUUACUAUGGAAACACACUUAUAUCCCCUCACCAAUGUAUUUUCUCUAUUAAAUUGUUCUGACUUCUCAGCCUCAUUUGAAGUAAAGAAAAUGAAUAUCCAUGAACACUAAGGGUUGCAUUGACUUUUUCAGAGAGUAGAAAACAACAUGGUUCUUUUUCUGAAUGCUCCGUAGGUUUGUCAGUGUUUUUGUUUUGUUUCGUUGUCCAUUCAAUUGUGCCUUCUUUGUGGCAUGGUGAGAUAGAGUUGCUUGAAGAGAUCACAAGUUGUAUGGGAAUGUUAUCAACAAACCUGUGAGCCUUUAAAGGGGAAGGCCGAAAGAGUGAAAGAGGCCCCUUGAAAGUUUAUCUGGUGGGUACACUAAGCAGAGUGAGGAGAUGAAGCCUGUAUCCUGACAUGUUGUUGCUUAUACUGUGAUCGCUCAACCUAGCUAAGCUCUGGAAUUUCCAAGACCCCAGACAGUACUUUUACUUUGUUUGUGCAAAAACAAAGACAUAAAGCCAAUACAAAUCAAAUGCCCUAGGCAUUUGAAUAAUGCCAUAUUUGCAAACUGCCAUCUAUUGGAAUUCUCAUCACACUACAUAAUUUGAUUAUCCCCUUUGGCUUAUGGGAUUUCCUGUUUACAAAUAGAAUAGCCAAUUAUUUAAAUGUUUAGUUGCCAUAGUGAACCAGGAGUCACUGAGCCAAUGACUUUACCAGCUGCUGACUAAUCUUCAUCACCACUGUAGAAUUUGCUGCAUGUGCAGGUCCUCCUUUAUUUUAAUUGCUGUUUUUGUUGCUGCAAUACUUUGCAAACUUCUAGUUCUCUGAGACUUAAUGAUCAUUGGCAUCAUGUUAACAUCAUGCAAUAGGAAACACCACUUCCAGAAGUCUCUAGCCUCAGUGCUAAAGUACUACUGAAAAGAAACUAGCAAGUUUGAUAGAUUUUUUUAAGAAAUAAUAAUAAAUUAUAGUGGUCAGGGAAUAUCUUGACAAAAGCUUGACAAAGUUAACUUUUUUUUUUCCAGAGAGGGAUGUAUUUUGCCUUUGUUUUGCAAUGAAGGAUCAACUCUGCUAAAGUCAGGUGUUAUUUGGUAUUCUACUGCCAUUGUGGUAAUUGAGUGGGAAGUGGGGAGGGAGGUAUAUGUAUAUGACUUGAAGAAAAAAACAUAUCCUUUCUUGUGACAGAUCAGAAAUUCUUAUAAAUUACUGACCUGCUCCUCCCCAGUUGUCUUGAAGAACUCUUGCUGCUAACUCUCCAUCCUGCUUAUUAUAUAGUCAGAAGGCUUCAAGGUAGAAUUCUUAAAGUGCCUCCAAUGAUGCCUCUUCACCUAGACCAGACUAAUGACCAAACUGUAAACUAUCACUCUUGAAAUCUUGGUUUUUCUCAACCAAAUUUAAGUCUUUGCCAAGUUGUCAUUCCAAUCUCUGUGAUUUUCUCUCUUAGAUUGGAUUUUAUGGCAUUCAGUUGAAGGUAACUAGAAGAAAAUUUACGUAAGUUUUAUUUAUUCCAAGGUCAGUAGAAUUCCCUCAUAGUUCUAGACAGUAUUUCAUGUAACAUGGAUAUAUGUAAUGAUUGAAAGGGGCUUUAAACAGUUUCAGAUUUUUUUUAUUUUGCAUUUAAAUAAAAGGUAAAAGGCCCUCC